GGACUAUUCUCGUAGAAGAAGGACCAAUACAAGCACUACUUAUGAGAUGAUUAAUGAUUAUAAGUCCAGCACCAGUUUUCGGAUGAUGGUGCACCAGAGACAAGCGAAUUGACAAUGUCCAUUGGAAGCAUCGUUUGCUGGAAUUUUGGAGAUCAAGUGAGGAGCAGGGACUUCCAAUAUUUACUUCACUGUGUCAGUGUUAAACAAAAUGACUACAUUAUGAGUGAGUUGUGGAAACAGCAUACUGAAGAAAUGAAAAUGUUGGAAGGUAAUGUUUUAACUGUUUGUGGUAAAGCAUGCACUGUUGAAUUUCAGCCAGGUGCUGACAUGUCAUGGCAGAGUUGGGCUGCUAAUGAACUUAAUCAGGCAGCCACAUAUCCCUCCCCAUAUGCAAAUGUACAUAAGGGCAACAUGGCCACUAUGGGGGGAACCAUUGGGUCAAAGGAAGGUGACACGUGGAGGCCAUAUAACAUGGAAUUACGAACAUCUCACAUUGAAAAGGUAAACCAGUUUUUGGUUUCUCUUCCCCAGGAAAUGUCAAAUAAAAACAGACAUGCCAAGAAGUUACAGUUCAUGGCUGAGAAUGGUAUCCGGCAGCUAGGCCCCCCUAGGAUUGGCCAUUUUGCUGAUAGACUUAGGCCAGAACCAAUGCACUGUGAGAUCAAUGCAUGGCAGCAUUACAUUGAUCUUCUUUACUUAGAGGCUGUAAACCGCAAAAAGUUUGACACUUUUGUUUCUGUUUUGGGAGCACCUUUAGGUGAGGGAGAUACAGAAACAAUUAAAGAAAGACAUCAUCAAAAGACCAGUGUGAAGAGUUCUGGCAUUGACAGUGCUGGGGAACGAGCUAGACACCAACAUAUUUUACAACAAUUUGAAGAAAGCUUUAAACAACACUUAGAACAGGCAUGUAUUCAACAACUGAGGCAAGACCCAGGUAAGCAGGGAUGUGGGCUGGAGUAUUUGGCUGCAAGAGUCAGAGAACAUUUCACUGAUGAAUCCAACAGAUAUAACAAGUUACCCGUGAGACUUAUAGGAAAUCAGGCCAUAGCCUUGGCCAGGUAUUCCUAUCGUCUUGUUGAUACUUUAAUGUGUGAUGAUGAAAGUGAGGCCCAAAAAAUUAAAAGAUUAGCUCUUGGCAAAAUAGGUGAGUAUUUGAGGGAUGCUGGUGGUCUUUUCAAUAGAAUUGACACCAAUUCAGCUCAAGUUGCAGAGUUAAAAGAAGUGUGUGAAAUGUAUUUUAAUUUGAUUGCACUUUUCUUUCCAAGCAGCAUCAAUGUUACAACGUGGACAGUAGGAUAUGCUAUUCCUUAUCAUGCAAAUUUGCUGUUUAACCAGUAUAAGGUUGGUUAUGGCAUAGUCUCUCUGCAGGCCAAGGAAGCCAAACAUUCUGGUGUUAAAGAAGACUUGACCUUAACAAACAGGUCAAAUGUAAGUAGUGGCGUUGGUAAGUGGUGGCAGGUCAUGCGAAGUAACUAUGUGCGUUCCUUUUAUCUACCAGAACAUCAGCCCAUGCCCUCUUUUUACACCUCACACUAUCAGUCACGCUCUCCUCCACACUGCAAUCAGUCAAAUGUUUGCAAAUGUGGCAGAGAUAAAGAUGAGGCUGAGCUUACUUGUGAAAUAUGCUUGUUUAGCAUUGAGGUUGUAACCUGUGCAAGCAACAGGGGACUGACAGAUUCAAUAUUGUUAGCAUUAAAACCAGUUGUUUGUAAAAACUGUAAUGCUCGCUUUGCUGAUAACGUGAUAUUAUCAUCUCACUUGAAAGCCUGUUGCAUUACUGAGGUGAGAAACUCUGCCAUCAGGCCAGCUACAAUGUCAGUGACUCAACUGAAGGAGGCUUUGCGUAGCAGAGGACUGACUACUAAAGGAAACAAGGAGGUACUUGUAAGGCGCCUUGAAGGUGAGUUUGCGGGAGAAAAUUAGUGUCCUGAGGGGAGGAAUCCCAUAUAAAGAGGUACCAAGAUCCUGUUUUGUGGGCGUGGCUUGAAAUUUUUUUCACCUCUCAGAGGUACCAAUUCUAAAACAACACAUUAUCUUUUGUCAUACUUUUUUCAGCUCAACACGCAAACAGGUACCGCAAAAGCUCCCGCUGUAGAUCAUUAGAGGUUGAACACCCUAAGAGGUACCACAAUCGAUUUUUUAACCCUAAAAGGUUUGACAAGCACCCCUGGCCUUUUUAUAUGAGAAGUUCCCAUCCCUUUCUCCCCACCCCCUUCCCCCCC